CGAACCUCACCACUGUCGCACGCAGAUCAUUGUAAACACAGCGCUCGCUCACCAGCCAUCCACGCACGUCAUCGUACUGCACGUCGUCGUUGUCGCAGCUCCAUCAGCUCACCUCGAGAGUUUUAUUUUUAUUUUUCAAAGGUAAGGAUAUUAAUUUUUUUUUUUUUUUUUUUUAAUAAAAAUUUUUUUUUUCGCGAGUUACGCCUCCUAUCCCGCCCGCGACCCAUUGUAAUUUACGCGAUAACAUUACUACGAUUAUAUUAUUGCUAGUGAGUGUUUCGACCCCGCGAUCGUUUUUACCGUACAAUUGCGAUAACGUUUUCACGAAAAUGUCGAAAUCCGUUCAAUUUAUCGCGCGUUUGCUGGUUACGCGAGAUCCGACCGUUCCCAUAUUAAUAUUAUCAAUUAUUUGAUUUUUUCGUUAUAAUAACAUUGCAGAAUAUCGUUCAGGUCACAGACAAAACGUCGAAAUCGCAAUACGUUAAAAUAAGCGCCCGAGCUUUUGUUUUUGUCUUUUUUUUUUUUUUUUUUUUGUCGUUAUUAUAAGCGCGUAACCCUUUUAUUACCGUUAUCAAUAUAUUACGCAAAAUUGUUUGUAUUACUUUUUAUUCGCGUUUAAUUAGUCAUUCGGCGUUCCGAACAUUAUAAUUGCGGGUCGUCUCGCGUUCGGGUUUAUUACGAUCGCGACCCCGCGAGGGGAGCGAACAUCGAAAAGCAAUUUUUCCGUUUCCGUUUCACACGGGUCGUUUGUUUUUUUUGUUUUGUACUGGCCGUAUCCGGCGCGCGCGCCCACCGCAUUACAAACCGGGGUAAUAAACUGGUCGAAUUUCUCUCUCUCUCUUUCGAACGAGCACUCGGAAAAAUAAUAAUUAUAAAAAAAAAAAACCGAAAAAGGGGUACACGAAUAGGUACUUAUUAAUAAUGUCCUAAACGACGAGGCGCGGGGCGGCUCAUAUUGGGUGUGCUCGUUUUUACCGUGUACGGAUUUAAAAGUCGUAUAGGUAAGGCCGAUGCGGGCCUACCGGACACGUUUAUUCAGUACAUUAUUGUCGCCGUCGUGCAUACGCGGGAGCGAACGUUUCAAACGAAAUAAUGUCAUGCGCGGUCACGAACCGCUCUACAUACGUCCCGUAUGUUGUUUGUACAUUUUUUUUUUUUAUUGUUAUUAUUAUUAUUUCUACGCGAAAAUUUCGUACACACAUAAUAUUACGAACAAAACGAAUGAUGCCUAUAGCUCCGUUCGUUUCGUGCUGUUACGCGCAUUCGUCAUGUACGCGAAGUUUCACCCGGUCGCGAUUCGAGAAAAAAAAUACCCGCCUUUACACAAAACACUAACGAAUAAUCGAUAAAUCGACACGUAUAUUCUGGGCAAACCACGAGAUGUUUUUCCCGCUCGUUUCCAAUUAUAGAUCGUCCGGGGCCCGAAAGGCCGCCGCCGGUCCGCGAGCGUAACUUACCCUCCGUCCCCACCCCCGUCGAUCACGGCCCUCAACGACACGAACAUUCGCGGGAGACCGUCACGAAAAUAAUAUCACCCGGGAUAUUUUUUGUUGGGAUUGUUUUUUUUCUCUCUAUCAAAUCGUUAAUUUCCGGUUAAAACCGCGUGUUAUAAAUAUCGUAUCGAUAUUUACGGUUUCGUUAUCGCGGUGACUUUGACGCGCGUUGGUCGUACGUUUACGAAUUAUAUUUCGCGGUUUUCACCAGCUGCGACGGUUAUUAUCGGUUAUCAGUGGCCGGGAUUUUUUAACGCGAGCUAAACACAAUAUAUUUGGACGGUACACACAGGUAUAUGUAUGUAUGUUUAGUGUUUUCACUGGGGGAAGAGUGGGGGAGUGAAUUUAUUACGUUUGGCGAAAAAAUCGCCGUAAAAAAAGUCUCACGUGUGAAGUGUUGUAUAUACCCAAUCGAUAACGAAACAACACUUCCGGGCCCGUGGCGAGGUCACUUUUUAGCGAGGAUAACACUGACGGUUGGCCAACUGUUUUCGUACAAAAAAGACGUAAAUUUUCGACCAUGACACCCCCCCCACUCCGAAUCGCGUAUAUAAUUCCCGGUAAAUAACGACAAUAGGUUACGCGUGUUCACGCCGUUUUCUCGGUUAAAUUUUGCAUGUAUUGAUACCAAUUUUAGUUUUUCGAACGAGAACCUAUAUAUAUUAAAAAUUCUUCUUAAAAACUCGUUGAGCGUUGUGAAAAAUUCAAUUAUUCGAAAACACUACAUUUGAAAAUCCCAAAAAUCAGAGGCAAAAUUUAACCGAAAAAAAAAAAAAAACGGGAAUUUUUAAUGAAUCGUCUUGUAUUAUAGGUACCGCACAAACAUCGCGACGAUUUUGCUGGUGACGGGUGCCGUCGCGGGGGGGGGCACCUACAUUUACCUAUACAUACCGCGUUGUCGUCGUUAAUCGUACCCAAUUUCUCACGUCACCCCGGGCUGUCGCUGUCGCACAAACCGAAACAGCGCGCGACAAUAUCGGUAUCGUGCGUUGUCCGCGCGCACAUAAUAUUUCAUUACAACAUGCGGGUCCGGCUUCUAAACAGAAGACACGCCGCACCGCGCGCAUACAGAGUUUAACAUAUUGUUUGUUUGUCUGUGUGUUUCGCCGCCGCCGCAGUAGAUCGCGCGCGCGGGCGCACGUUUAUCUUUAUGCGUGUAAAUUACCCGCGUGCGUCCCGUAUAUUAAUAAUAAGGAUAAUGACGCGCGAGCGCGCGCGGUUCCGAGGCGGACGCACAGGUAAUAAUAAAAUUAUUGGCCCGAGAAAAAUAAUCGUAUGCGACGACGUGCGACAACGGUAUCGUGUGUCGCGCCGGUGCGACUACCGCCGCCGCAGACACCGCGCGUAUACCGACAACCUACCGCGGGUAACCUACGCUUAACCGGCGGCGAGGUAGAAGCGGAGUAAAAUAAAUACGCGUGUAAGUCGUGUCCUUCGGCAAACACACGUAUUUUUUUUUUUUUUAUAUAUAUGUAUAAGGAUACGGGAUCCAGAUGAUAUUAUAAUAAUAUCAUGCUGGUACGCACACAUCAUAAGACGUUCGGUUAUGAAUAACAAUAAUAAUAAUAAUAAUAAUAUGUAAUAAUCCCGCGUAUAUUGGUUUACUGUCGAGGAGGGGGGGCAUCUUUCCCCCCACCCCCGAUGUAUUUUUAGUCGCCGACGUCGUCGUAACACGACUUUUUGUCGAGUCCAUGCAGGUAGGACUGUAUCUAUAUAUAUACGCCAGGACGGUCGUUUUAAUAACGUAGUUAUGCUAAACACGUAUUAUAGAUUACCAUUGUUUUAUUAUUUUCGGCGUUCCGAGUCGUCAAACGGUUGUUUUUUUUUUUGUCGUCGUCGGUCGUCGCGACGACGGCGAUCCUCGCCGUCCUUUUCGAUAUUAUUCCGACGCCCCGCGACUCGCGCCCAGAUAAUGUUAAUUGUAACGCGACAACUUAACGAUAAUAUCGCACAAUAUUAUAACCGAACAAAUACCGCGCACACGUAAUGUCGUGUAUUUUCUAACGGACGAAUUCGUAUUGUCCGAUUCGCCGUGGACAGAGCGUCGUCUGCGAAAUUUGUCCAGCGACCGAUGAGUGAACGUGAAUACGACGUCGGAACUUCGUUUUGACGGGCCCGCACUGCAGCCGACUUACACACCUAUACGAUGUUAGUCUGUUUUGGCAUUGUCCCGAUUUCUUUUGAAAAGUUCCGCUAGCGCCAACUUCACACCCCUAAUAUUUUGUCGGCCCCGUAGGCGGAGAUUCGAUAGCCUUUUUUUUCGGAGACGGACUAUUUUUAAAUUAGGCUCGUGUACAAUAAAACACCCCGCGGGUAAAGUUUUCGUUCAUUUUUUUUAUCAGGCGAUGGGCGAGGCGUUUUUAGCCGAGUCUCCCUCCCCGAACCGCCCUAAUCACCGCCGCGAGAAGGGUUUUAUAUUUUUCGUCCAACAGGCUCCCAACGGAAACCAACUGAUGGAACGGUUUUCGAAAUUUACGCGGAAGUCGUUACAGGAACACUUUUUCCGUGUUCCGAAGACGGCAGACGUUUUUUGUCCAAAAAACCAAUUUUGAAAAAUACCCGCAGUAAGUGACUGUUAAGCUUUUAGGCGCGUUUUCGAUAUUUCUAAACGGUUUUUUAGCGCGUUAAAUUCACACCCCCUUUCGUUGUUAUACGCAUAUACCGCGGGGCAUCGGUUCGUCGGCGAAAGAAUAAAAUAUGCGGACAACACGAUAGGUGUGUGUGUGUGUAUUUUAUAUAUAUAUAUACAUAUAUAUAUAUUGUAUACAGCCGGCGAGUACACAACAGAAAUACCUCGCUGCCGCCGUUGCGGCGGAAAAAAACGAACAGUACAAUAUAUUAUUAUUUUAUUGUGGAAAAAAAAAAAAAUCGCCAUAAAUUACGUAUCGCCGUGUAGCACGGUAUACGCGUACGACGAUAUCCGACCCGAACGAAUGUACAAAUAACGCGCGCCCUUGCGAAACGCGAGACACCCUGCGACACGGCAUAAAGAGGAUUCUGCGUGCGCGCGCGUGCGUGUGCACAUGUAUGCAUACGCGUACACGUACACGGGACGCGAGUGAAUUCCCCGCCCUCCCCCCUCCCCGCACGAACGGUUUCCGUACAACAUCAUCGUGUACACCUAUGCCGCGUUGUUGUGUAUAAUAUUUGCCGCGCGCGCAUUGGAAAUACGCGAGUCUUUUAAACACGGCGGUCGUACCCGUAGACGACGACGACGUUCGGUGCACGUCACGGGGAAACCGCGCGCUCUGGGGUCGCGCCCGAGCGAAACCGAAUUUAAAACGCGGUACGCGUAUAUACGCGCACACACGCGCGCGCGCGCGCGCGCGCACACAUAUGUACAUUAUUGUAUAAACGUUUUUUUUUUUUUUUUUUUUAUAUUCCGCACUUAAACCAACCCCCCCGUUAUAAAUAAGCCCUUGUUUACGCACGCACAACCCUCCGCGGUGCGUGGUGUAGAAUGCGCAUACAUAAUAAUAUCGUACCCGCGAUACUCUUAUAGAACCGGUUUUCGUGUGCGGGGAAAAUCCCAGGGUUCGCUCCUCGAGUAUAUACUACACUCGUGUACAAUAAUAUUGUGCGUACCGAGAAAUAACGCAUACAUUAUAAAUUCUUCUGCCACUUCUUCUUCUCCUUCAAAAAAAAAAAAAUGGCGCUUUGCGAUUUCUCGAUCGGCUAUACGAAAACUAUAGUAAUAAUAUUGGUAAUAAUUCCGCGAACAAUUUUGAAAAAAAUAUCAACGCGCGAGUGCAACAGACGGGAGCGAUUGGGGGUUAGGGGCUUGCACCGCUUCCACCUCCGCGGAGGGGCGCAAAUCCUCUGUGAAAUUUCGUGCAGUAGGUUCGGCGUGAUAUUCGGGUGUGGAUUUAAGCCGUCUAAUUGCAGCGUUAAUCCCCCCCACCUCCUUCUCCUCCUCAUUCCCCCCCAAAAAACAGGACAUGGGUCAUAGCGCAUUAUCCGCACGACCGUGUGAAUGUUUGACGAGCCAAUUCGUUUUCAAACGGAGACGGAAAACACAAUGGAAGGUUUACCCGCGGGGAUAGCGACGAGCGUAGGGUUUUGUUUCCGUAAAACGAAAGUGUUCAUUCGGUGACUCGACAACCGAACUUUGGACCCGAAAUGGAGCUGUUCGACAUGUUCAAUUUUUAAACGGACUCGACUGGACACAGGGUUCGGCGCCACUAACAACGUCAAAGUGCAAUACGCAAAAACUUAUUAAGCCGUCGACAAUUUCGCGCGCGCAACACACUUGACGGGUGUAUGCCAAAUAUGCCGUUGAAUUGUAUUAACAUCGAUUAGCUGACACCGAUAGUGCGUCUAAUAUAUUUCGUGUUUAUCGACAACGCGGACGUACGAAUACCGAACGGUACCCUGACGCGUGUCCGGAUGAAUGGACGGCGGAUAAAAUUUGAAAAACAAAAAAAAAUGUCACCUUGUUUUAGAUCCAAAACCACGAUUAUAGUAUUAUGCGGCAUCGCAUGUAUAAAACCUGUUGUCGUCGACAAAAAACGCGUCGGUCAAUUAUAUUCCAUUUCUUUUGGUUAAUGGGUUUUAUACGGUCGUUGAUAAAUCAAUAUCGCCGGGGUAUUACCUACCGUAAUUUUUUUUUUCUUUGUCUUUAAUCAACGGGUUUUUUUUAAAUUUUUUUUACAUUUCGGACAAAUAUACUGCAGCGAGACUGUGUGCAGGCGCGCGUGCUUACGUAUUAUUACACGCAAUACAUUUACACUACACCGGUGUCGUUUGUGACCGCGGCGGCGGCGUCGGACUCAUUGACAGAUUGUUUAAUUUGUGAUAAGACACGCGAUAAUAUUUGUACGCGCGCACACGACGUGUCGAGCAACAAGUCGCGUUCUUUUUAAAAGAAUAAAAUAAUAUAGAUCUUAAAAAAAAAAACAACACGCUCGCGUGACGGGAGGAGAUAUUGUGUACUAUAUAAUAUUGCGACGAGGGUUGAUCGGAAAACCAGUAAAUCGAUUACGAGUUACCGCGUGUAUAUAUUAUACAACCGUCGUAAAACUUCCCCUCCGAGUGUACACGCAGCUUGCAAAGCAACAGGCGCUUUAUUAAAGGCGGGCGACUUUUUUGUUAUUUUUGUUUACCGAAAAACAAAAGCAGAUGCGCGACUAACACGCGCUGGCCUAUCGUAUCGUACAGCUAGUCUGUAUAAUAUUAUAAAUCCGUACAAAUAUUGAACGACGGCAACAAUAUAAUAAUAACAUUAUUAUUAGUUUAUUAUACUAAUCCGAAAACUCGUGCCCGGCCACUUGCCCCCUCCCCUCCGCGGGGAUACGGUCGACCUUAAAAAAAAAUAAAAAUAAACACGAUUCAUCUUAUAUUGUAAUUAUUACAAUUUUUUUUUACUUGAACUUUUUUUUCGUUUCGCAACAGGAAACCUUUCGAUCACCAAAAAGGCCAUUGAAAUGAUGAGCCUAAGCGAAGAACUGAAAUCGUCCAUGCCGUCGUUUAUGCAAUUCUGUUCCAGAGUCGACCAAGGAAACAUACAGGAAGACUGGUGGACCGCCGGCUCCGACGCGGGUAAGAGACGCUUUCGUUUACCGUAGAAUAUUUUUGCUACUGAUAUCUAUAUGCACUUGUAAUCACAGUAAGCGGGGUGGGAGCGUAUGAAGGCUUGGCCCUCCCCGAGCCAUUUCAAGCCCUGCCCGUAUUAUUUGAAUUGGUUCGGACUAUACAUACUGUGUACACCGGAAAACCUUUUGGCUCAAGCCCUGUACGUAUUUUCGAACCGUACGUGUUUAUGAGUAUAAUAUAUUAUGCUCAUAAGGGUGGUUUUUUUUAAAAUAAAAAUGUCUACUUAAUGUGUCUAAAAAAACGGAUUUUCAACCGAUACAUCGGUUAAUAUCAAUACAACCGACAAACGGUUUCCGAUGUCGGGUAUUGGGUGUAACGGUUUUAAAUCGGCGACAAAUAUCGGAUAAACGGGCACGCCCGUUUCGAAUUGUAACAUUAUUAUAUCGUGCGGGUUCGCCGAGAGCGAGUUUAAAAUCCCUUCGAACAGUCCCACGGGAGUAAUAAUAACGGGUGCGCGCGCGUGUGUGAGAAGGGAAACGAAAAUUCGUUACAGAUUUCGUUGUCCGUUUUAACGCGAUAACAUUUUAUUAAAACGAGACUGCGGCAGGGCUCAACCGCCGGAACCCGGAGGUUCGUGUUUUAUUUUGUUUUUUAUUUUAUCCGUUUUGGUUCUCACACGGUCGGAAAUGAGUCGUUACCGUGUUUCGCGAACCGUGAACGGUUUUUUUUCUAUUUAUAGCGUGUGUGUGUGUGUGUGUGUGUGUGUGUGCAUAUCGGGUAUAAUACGCGUCUCGUCGUUCAGGGGGUAAAAAAAAUUCAAAUAUCCCGCGCUCAGGUGCCGCGACAUUUAUUAUUACCGUGUAUAUAUAUGUUCCGACCACCCUUUGUGCGGGGGGGCGUAAAAUCGAGAUUAUUCGAAUAACAACAAUAAUAAUAAUAACAACGAUAAUAUUGUUGUAGUCCGGAAGUAGAAUUCGGUCCGGGCGAAAUUACGGGAUAAUUUGACGGUCGGUCAGUUUUUCGGCUCAGGUGGCACCCAACCCCCCACACGCUCCCGCACCCCCGAACACACACACAUAUUCCGUAUUCCGUACGUAUAAUAAUAUAAUAUAAAAUACGUGUACACGGCGAGGGUUUAUUAUAUUUUGCAUUUCUCUCUUUCCGUUUUCGGUACGCGUAAUAAUAAUAAUAAUAAUUCCACGUGUCCGACGUAUUAUUAGGUACACGCGUUUUUAAUGGGGUCCGGCCAAAACGAACCGUACCGCGAAAAUCGCGCCGCGCCCGUGUGCCGUACCGUUACCAGACAGAUCGCGGGAGAGGGUGAAAAGGUGAACGCCUUUCGUUCACGUCUUUGGGUGAUAUUCACGCCAUAUGUCGGUCGCGUCGACGCCGUCGUAGAAUUCCCGUCUAGUCUGGCGUAUGCGCGUAAAGACCAUAUGGGCUAUACACGCCGGGGUCUGGCGUUCCCAAGGAAUAUUAUUAAAACGUGCGCCGUGUAUAGGUAUUAAAAUAUAGGCGGUACGUCAUAUGGUCCGCGACAUAAGGUGUACGAAUGGCGCACUAACAAUAUAACAUAAUAUUACGUGCGCUGCCGUGUGCUCCAUAUUAUGUACGUAUAAAUGUGCGUAUACGUCUUCGGGAUGGGGGGGGGGGGGGUGAGGGGGAAGGAAGAAAAUCGUCUGCCGGCUCGCGGCGUACCUAGCAGACGUGUUUUUUUUGUUUUCGUCUAUCGGGCCUCGCGAGCCACGACGAUUCGUUGCGCGUAUUAUCGAUCCGAGCGUCCGCGAGUAUCUAAUUAAUGCACGCAAAUCGCGGGCCCCGUGUGCGCGCCGGGCCCGAGAAAACGGGACAGGACCCGUCUUUGCGGUUUUUCGUGAAAAUCUGUUCCAGAGCUCAAUACGACGUUCGACGUUUAUUUUCCCGUGCCGGAGGGACGGCAUCUCGAUCGCUGUACGGAAUUACGAGAGCAAAAAUAAUAAACGUAGGUAUUUGCCAAUUUGACUAAAGACGGUUCAAUCAGGUUCGCUUGAGGUAUACUUCGAGAAACCGAGUUUGGCUCUUCUUAGCCCAAGGUCCGCGCGUACAUCACCGCGACCCUGCGGUACCGCGGCGCGGGGCAAGGUCGAAUCGCCGCAUUUAUUCCCUUGUGCGGUUGCAGCGUUUAGGUCAUCGGCGUAAAUGAGUUUUUUUCACGUGUACAUAAUGCACAAUUAUGUACAAUAAAGCGUUUAUGGAACUAGUGAAAUUAUUCCGGAAAAUAAUCUUUUUCGACUUGAAUCACGCGGUUUUCAUCCGAGUGCAGUUAUCCGGCCGUUCGGGUUUAGGUGUGUAAAAAGUACGAUUAGACUAUACCCCUCCUCCCCCCCCCAAACCACGUGACUUCGGAGGUCGCGUUUUACGAAAAUAUAUUGCGAACAAUUUCUUUUUACGGACCGAUCCCGCGUACGUCUAUUAAGUAAAUAGACAAUCGCCGCCGUACGAAAAUUCACCCUGUACAAUAAUACUCGGCACGUUUAUUGUCGCGUAUCCGUACAUUAUCACUGUUGGUCGCAUAGGUGCCCCGUCCGAUUCCCGGCGGUUUUGACCGAUUGUUCAUUUUUUUUUUUUUUUUUUUCUAUUAUUUUGCUUUUUCCUCUUCUCCGCGCCGGACACACGCGUGUGUAUUAUAAUGCGAUUCGAGCCACGUGAGGUCCGUGGAAAAAAAAAAAAAAAACGCCGAUUGCCCGCGGAAUAUAAUAACACAAAUAACCGGCGGACGACCGUGCGCGCGCAAACGUGUAACUCCGGUAGUGCUGCUCAGGUAACGACGACCGACGGCGGCGCGCACGUUGCGUAACCGGGGUUGCUCGUCUAUUGUGUUCGCGAGCUCGUCUUUUUUUUCUUUUUUCUUUUUUUUUCCUCCGUAUAUAUUAUUAUUAUUUUAAAUCUCGAACAACUCCCUCGGGGCGAAGGGCACGCGGGGCGGAAAAAAUUCGUUACAUUCGCUCGCCCCCCAUACCGACGGCGCACACAAUAAUAAUAAUAUAUUAUACACACACACACAUAUAGGUGUACAGGAACGACGGAAUACCAUACGCGCGCAUUAUGUUAUAGCCGGGCAUAGGUGUACGCACCCGGGCGACGGCGGUCUUUACGGGGGUCGGAAUCCCUGCGGACUGUUCACGAGCGCACGCACGCACAAAUCCCCGGUACCCAUUGUGCGACGCCCAGACCUUUAGGCGGCUUUGCGCACCGCAGUAUACCCGUGCGCCGGCUCGUAUAUUAUGUACGCGCAUAAAGGUACACAACAUCCCCGUUUCGGCAGAGUGGUGAAAAAAAAAAAAAAAAAAAUAAAAAUAAACUGGUUUGAUAAUACACAAAAGGUACGUCGACGUCGCCGUCCUCCUCGCCGUAUAGGUACGGCGUGCGACGUUCGUACCUAUAGCGCGUACAAUAAUAAUACACAUCACGAUAAAACGCGAUCCCGAAAUAUUAUAUUAUAUCGCACGUUAUACCCCGGCCGAAUACCUUUCGCUCAGACGGUUCAGUUUCGUACCGGCCGCCGCGCAGUCCGCCGGUACGUUCGCCCGGUCGCAACAGCAGUGUUAUUCGCGCGCGCGUAAAACGCACGGAGAAAACGUCUUUUUGUUACCGCGGUCCUCGCCGAUUUCAGUGUACACGUCCACUAAUGGAAUCUCUCGCGAGCACGCCGCCGUCAUCGCCGGUCCGUCUGCAGCUGCUGGGUGAGUUGGUCGCCGCGCGGCCGAAAGUCUGUCGAAAGUCACGCAGCGUAGUACCGGGGGAACGGUUUCCCGUUGUGAAUCCCGCCGCCCGGCCCAGCCAGUACAGUCGUUCGGUUGGAUUACGGCGAGCCGGGAGGUGGCAGGGACACGGGUGAGGACGCGACCGCCACCGUAAAGGGCCCGCCGUGUCGCCGCAUUUAAUAACGAUGUGUACACUACAGCAACGGAAUGUUCGGCAAUCGUUUUCGCAGUGCUCACACACAAACAUUUACACAAAACGCGUUCGCGUUGUUACGCGCAUGGGGUUUAUUUUUCAAGUUCGGCCCCGGGCUCGGAUCCGGCUGGAAUGACGGUCGCGGGGCCGGUUGUUUUUAUUUUUUUUUUUCGUUUUUCCGCCGAAAUCCCGAACUACGGGCGCCCCCGACCGACUCUGUCGACGAAUAUUCGCGCGCUCGAAAAUUUCGAAAUUGUACGCCGACGGAUGCGCGUGGUUUUCAAAAAUGUUUUUUCAUACUUUGCUCCGCGAGCUACCGUUUUUUUUUUUUUUUUUUUUUUUAUAAUGGAACGGAAUUAUAACAAUAAUAAUAAUAAAACUAUUGUUCGACGGCUGCAGCAGCAUUAAGGGCCGCCGCCGUAGUACUGCUCGCGGCGCGUUUCCUGUUUCUGCGCGCGCACUAAAUAAAACCGCCGACAAGACCUACUCUAUAUAAUCAUGUAAUAUACUAUAUAGGUACUCGGUCGCCCCGUUGUAAACAACAGGAAAAAAAAACAACAAAAAAAAAACCCAAACGGAAUAAAAACAUACACGGAUAUGUGGGGGAGGGUGUGUGUUGGGGGGAGGGGUAAGAGCGGUUGCCUAAUGGGACGAUGACGACGCGACGGCCGUAGUACUUAAUCGGUCGGUUUGUAUGCAAAUGCGAGUCGCUCGACCGAGCCGCGAGUACACAUAAAAAAAAAAAUAAUAAUAAAAUAAAAAACCCCGGAAGAGAUAUCGGCGACAGUAUGUUAUACGUAUAUACGUACAUGAAGUACGUAUUUUUUGUAUUUUAAACAUACAUUUUUUUUUUUUUUUUAAAACCAUUUCCCCAACCCCUUACUCAUUGGUUUUACGAAAUCUGCAGCAGUGUUUGUGGUUUUCAUUCGUUUAUAAUGUCCGCGAUCGCUUUUCGUUUCGGUCGUGUAGCAGUAGCAAACGGAAAUCGCCCGAACCGUAACUUAUACACUUUUAGUUGGUGGCGCAUACUAUGUUAUUAUUUAUUCGAAACAUUUUUAUUUUUCUGCUAGUUUCUCGACCGUUUAUGUACUGCAGCUCUGUUUUAACCCGGGUUUUUUUUUGUUUUCGCAGAAGCGUUCGCUCACCACAAUCCCAAAACCGAUUGGCUGUCGGAUUCGGACAGCCAGAACACCAUCAUAUGCAGCACGACCAGCUCGUCGCCGGGCCCGUCGUUGGCGUCCACGUCCACGGGCGGCGGCCAAAAGGCCGGUUCGUCAAAGGCCACCAAGGGAGCAGCCGGCAGCCGGUCCAAAGACAUGCCGGCCGGCCAGAAGCCCGCGCAAGUGGUGGCCAGGCGUAACGCCCGGGAACGGCGCCGCGUACAGGCGGUCAACCUGGCGUUCACCAGGCUCCGGAGGGUCGUCCCGCUAGAAGAAAACAAGUGAGUUAUGACCCGAUAUACUGUUUUAUUUGUGAAUAUUUUGUACUAUAUUAUGUAUUGUUGUCAUCGGCCAAAAAUCGUUAGGAAAAAUUAAUCGAUCAUACGAGAUAAUAAAGAUGUUAUAUGGAUGGACCAUUGUGCCAUCAUUGUUCUCGUAUGUGAUCGGAGGUAACUUUAUAUAGUUAAAAACUAUAUAGAGUUGUGGUUACCGAAUCGUGGUAUUUGCAAUUUAUUAUUUAUUUACAAUUAAUUAAUUUGCAAUAAUCGCAAUUUAAUCACCGCAGAUAUUUUACGUAGAUCAUAUUAUUAUGCUCAUAGACUUAGACUAUAGACAUACAUCUAGACGGAUCAAUAAACAAGAUAGGCUGAUAUGAAGCCUAGUGUGUAAGAGAGCAAAUUCACACUCCGAGAUCAGCCAAUUAAAACUUUCCGUUUAUUAUCCCACGGGUUUCUGUCCUCGAAACGAAACUCUACCGGCCGCAAUACGUUUUCAUGCUGAAUGUUCCGUUUAGAUGUACAAGUCUAUGAUUAUACUAUACGGAUGUGCCGAUAAUUUGAAACACAUGACAACAGCUACAAGACACGCAUAAUAUAAUCAUAUUUGAUUAUAUUAUGUUGAUUAAUGAUGUAUUGAUUAAUGAUAACAAAAUUUUCAAUAAUUUAUCAUUGACAAAUACCGUCCGACAACCCUUAACAGCUAUCUACCACUGUAACAUUUAGCGUUCCGUUCUUUUUCGUCACACCCCGACGCUCUGCAGUGCAUAAGGUAUAGGGAUAUAGCCUAUCCAUUUCUUUGUUAUCUAUGGAAAUAUUGGGAACGCGUUUCAAAUUCAGAAUAAAUUGCUGCACCGCGGUGUUGUGAUUUAGCGUCUAUCGACACGAUCCUAUGACAUUAAGUACUUUUUAUAAUUAUAACUCUCUGGGUUAUUCGAUUUUUUUUUUUUUUUUUUUUUAAGACGUUUCGAACCUUUCGCAGUUUUAUAUUAUUGUAUUCAAACACUCGGUUAACUCGAUAUAAUUUGCCUACAAGAUUCGACUGUUAGUAUAGUCGUUCGGCCCGUAUUCGAUCAAACGACUUCGUCAAUAAUAUCAGACAACCCCGUCAUAAUAAUUAACACGAUCAUUAUCAUUAUUAAUCUCUCGUGAUGUCGCGCGAGGUGGCCAUCACCGAAACACUAAAUAAUAAUACAUAUAUUAUAAAAGUCGUUUGACUGCGGCCCGGUAACGAUAUAUUCCCGAGACGCACGUUUUCCAAUCUCGUUUUCGUUUCCAAGACCCUCUUAAUCGUCGUCGUUAACCCUAUCCGACAAGUGAACCGAAAUGUUUGUUUAAAAAAAAUUAAAAAUUAAACCUUCCCUUCCUUCCUUCCGUCCGUCCGCCACUCAAGUACGUGUAGUCUUAGUGUAUUUUUAGAUUAUAAUAUACAUAUGGGUAUUGCGGAGGCUGUAAAAAUCGCUUCACGGCACGAUAACCACACGCGGCUGCACAAAGUGGUUUUCCGGCGACUCGAUGUACAAACCCGGGUCCUUGUCUACAUUAUCGCAUAUUACGCUUACCUCGGAAAUCCGUUUGCGGGUCGUGUACUUAACAACAACAACAACAAAAAAAAUACGGUUUUCUUUUAAAACGCGCGGUACAUCCCGGAACAAAGUAUUUAACGUUACCAAACGCGACAUCCUCUUGGUAUUAAGACGGUAAAAAACAAUCCCGGAUCGUUUUUGGGUUUAAAAAAAGGUCACUUGACGUAUAAACUAUAAACCCCCCACCCCCGGAUGUACGCAUUAUGUUUAUAUCACCUACGAAUGAAGGAAUGUUGUUAUAUUAUAUGUUAUCUUCCCGGUAGGUACCUACAUACUAUCAUUUUUAAACGGCCUAUAGUGACGUCAAUCGGGGUUUUUUCCGCAGACCGACGCGAAUCGAAUGUUUUUCACGUUUUUAAUAUCUAAUCCAAUAUCAAUUGCAUUGGCGAUUUCGCGAAUUUUAAAUCAUUUUCGAGAGUUAAUGUACGGACGAUCAUAUAAUAUAUUACCGUAUCAUCGCGUAUAUUUCCGGAUAUUCGAUAUCGUUUCGAAGGGGGCUGGAAUAGUUGGCUUAUUAUGUAAAAUACGAAUUGUAGGGAGCCUUUUGACGAAUUUGGAGGCCUAAUCCACUCCACCGAUCUCCGCUUAGUCCCCGUACCCCGCGAUAAUCGUCACCUAUUAUAUCGUACCGGCAUUGUUGUACCCUGAAAUGUGCCUGGGCUUAACGCGCAGUACGCUAUCAUUGUCUAACACACAACGUCGGCCCCCGGACCUCGUUCACUCGCCCUCUCUCCUUCUCUCUGACUGUUAUCAGUCCGUUAUUUUAUAUACCGGUCUACGGUGGUGUCGAACCUUUAUCGUUAUUAUUGUUAUUCCGGAUACCCGCGAUCGUGGUGCGACCGUGUAACGAGACCGAAAAUCGCGCGCGAUGGCGGCGACGGCGGCAAAACAGUUUAGUAAAAAAAACGUUCCGGUUUAUCGGAAACUAAUAACUAAUAUUUUUUUUUUUUAACGACACCGGGCCACCACCGGCGCUGAAACGAAAGGCGUUACCAAACCCGAAAAAGUUCUCGAACGCGCGCGCGCUGGGGUACACGGUAAUAAAACGACUAAAUAAUACCUAAUAAUAAUAUAUGUGUAUAUAAUACGGGUGUAUUCGUACACGUAAAACUGGUCGUAAUAAUAAUUAGUAUACAAACAGAACGUCUUUUCGGCCGCGGCACUUGAGGUCAAACCGAGUAAGAAGACGACGGCGACGACCGCGACGGCGCGGGCAGGUGAUGCGCGACGGCUUGUCCCGUGGCACGAGCCGCCCAAAAAAAAAAAAAAGUAAAAAAAAGCACCUGCACCGUCGUCGGUAGCCGUUCGACUCGUUCCUUCUUCCUUGCCCCAGUCCUCAUCGGCGGCCAUCGCCGAAUCCUUCCGAUACACUUAUAAUAGGCGUACAUGCGUAUACGUAUAUAGAUUGGAUAUCGUAAAUACAUGUAUACAUAUAUAUAUAUAUAUAUAUAUACACACAUAGGUAUACACCUCCUAAUCCUCCAAAAAAGCCGACGCCGCCGCCGGUCCGUUAUUAAUAAUAAUAUUACCGCACGGCGGCGCGCGUGUCCCUCGCAGCCGCGCGCCGUAGGUGUAUACGUACCGUCCGUCCGCGUACGAGACGUCCGUCCCCGUCCGGAAUGGGUACACGGGUAGCAGGAGAGGAAGAGAUUAAACGUAAAAAUUCGGUGGUUUUUUUUUUUUUUUUCUGUCCAUAAGAAGGAACCGGUAACGAAUAUGCUCGCGCGUAUGCGCGUAUAUGUAUAAUAAUGUAAUAUUAUUAUUAUUAUUUUGACCGUCAGCUUUUUUUUUUUUUUUUUCUUCCACUCUCCGCACCGCCGGGUCCGCUACGGCGCCGCGAUCACUUCUGUACACGAGCGUAUACGUAUUUUAUAAUAGUAUAAGUAUUUUUUCGGCAAAACUGGUUUGUUUUUUUUUUUUUUUUCAUCGUCAUUCUUACACUUAGUCGUGUGCCACCAAAAAAAAAAAAAAAAACUGGACGAUAUAGUAAUAAUAAUAAUAAUAAUAAAAAACGACGACGGCGACGACAACAGGUGCUUCUGGACCGCCGCCGCCGACACCAGUCGGCGAUUAUUGGCGAUCGCACACCUACUUUACGACGACGACGACGUCCGCGUACCCGAACGUAAUACACGCGGCGCGUGCCCGGAUCUGGUUUUUUUUUUUUUUUUCGUUUUCCCCUCCGUUCCGUCUAAUAACUGUACACGCGCGUUUCGUGUCGUCCCGCGGGUUUAACGCCGCUGACGCCUCCGGCGGUUUUUGACGAAAACGUUUUCUCUCCGCGCGCGCGCGCGCCGCCGCCGUAAUUAUAAUAUUAUAAUGUUAUUACGUACCGGGAAAAAAAACGCGUCCGCGUCCCGAGCCCCGCUGCACGCGUCACAUCCGACGGGCACGGCCGCCGCGACGUCCAAAACGCGUGCUUUCGGCGCGCGGCUUCUUCCUAUUUUUCUUCUUCCGUAUCAAGGCCGCCUGCAUUACAUCGAUGAUAAUAUCCUUUUGCGGCCGGUUCCGACACCCGCCUCGGCGGUUUUCAAAGAGUCCCAACGGGGGAGAAUGGGGAUUCUCGAAAAUAUUUCGUGUUCCACUCCUCAUCCCCAUUUUCAAGGGCGCGACAAUUCACUUCGGUCGACCGUUUAGUCGCUGGUUUAUCGCCCGUUUUUUUUCUUCUCUUAUCACCCGCCGAUAAAUGAGAGCAUGCCGCGAAAAGUAUCGAACGUUAUUAUACAGCGUCCCGCAUAAGUAUUUUGACGGCGCCGCCGCCGUGAUGACUCGCGACGGACGCGAAAAUGACUAUACGAUUCGCAAACCCGCGGGUGGCUUUGCCCCUACACACCCCCUAAAAAGAAACUUUGUGGGUUUAAUAUCAUUUACCACGAUGUCUCUGACGAAACUUGCUUCUCGGUCUUCCCGAUUUGCCCGUCGUCUAUAUAGGUUUCACCAGGUCACGCGAGUAAGGUUACGUUUUGAGUUGACGUGAUCUAUUGGGUUUUUCUCCCGCGUUUUCUUAUUCGACUUACGCACGUCUAAUAUGGACGUCGCGAGAGUCUUAACACAAGAUUUGACCCCCGAAUGCCCGUACUAAUAACUUUGUUUGAGCACGGGCCGGGGACCGAUCCCGAAUCGCGCCCACUCGGCCCGUGCGCGGUGUUCAGGUGCAUAGGACGUGCCUUUUUAUAACGGGGCCGUCUGCACGAAAUCCCGUCGCCGUCGGGAGGAGGUGUUCCUGUCAGACCUGUCUGCGUCUGUACUAACUAACGGGGGCUCUACUUACUCUCAGGCGCGCGUCACGUGUCGCCAAUAUCGCGCCGCCCGUCCCGGCUCAUUUGCCCGUUCGCCUCGCCGCCGCGCCGACUCCGCACACGUGUUUCGCAUCCCUGUCGCGUCGUUAGGAGCUUCCUGUGCGUCUCCUCGAGUGGCACACCCGGUUCGGUUCCGCGGCCGAAACAUAUUGGAACGUGCCCCACCGCCACCACCACCACCACCUCCACCCACAGCACUCCCGACGUUUUCGUGAAUUAUACCGGGUGUUGAGCGCGUCGCGGUAUAAUAUGUUAUACGGCCACGCACGGCGAACUGCGUCCAAAACACCUAUAUAUGCGAUGACGCACUCGUGAAUACGCUAGGUUAUAAAUGUCCGCACAAAUUUCGUCCAAAAUUGUUGUACAUUUCUCGGGACAAGAAAGUAUACAAUAAGACAUACAGAGUAUGCGCGUUAAAUGAGUAAAUAACCAACAUUUUAAUUUUUUUUUUUUUUUUUUAAUUUUUGCGGAUAAUUUUAUUUACGAAAUUAUGUUGAUGUGAAAACCGGAUUCGUAUACAGCAAAUAAUAUUUCCGAAAAUCUAAGUACCGAAACGAUAUACUUAUGAGGUUUUUUUUGUUUCGUUUAUGUUACAGAAGCAAGCGUAUGAGCAAAGUUAAGACCCUUCAACUGGCCAUCGAAUACAUAAACCAACUACAAGGCGUCCUCUCGAUACAGGCACCGCACAACAACCACAUAAAUAUGCAACAGCAGAGUGCUUCACCGGUAAUUUUACUUUUUUUUUAUAAUUAUAACGUUUCUCUCUUCUUUUAACAAGUCUAUUGACCGUCGUACCUGUCUUAAUCCGUUUCGUUUUUACCCGCUACUCCUUGAACCUGGUAAUAACCUAGUCUAAACUUGAUAUUUUAUUAAUUCCUAAUCAAAACGAAUACGGUCUCUGCACCGCUCGUCGUCCACUUUAUCUCGCUUCAAUUCAUCCAGCUACACCUAUAUAUUAUUAUAAUUUUAUUCUAUUAGCAAAUUCCCCUCGUUCGAAUUAAAAAUAACUAAAAAUAAUUUUUUUUUUUUUGUUGCAUGUACAGCCCGAGCCCGAACAGCAUCAGCAUCUGCAUCAACAUCAGCACCAUCAGUUGCUGACGACAGCCGAUAUUAAUCUGUUUUCUGACGUACAGUACAAACUAGAACCCGGUGAACUGCAAUUCCGCAUGCCGCCUAACUUUUACACCCAACUGUUGACUGACAAUCAAAACUGACAUCACCGCGUUGCCGGGGGAAAGAAUGUUUAAGACAAAAUAUUUUUUUACUCGCAUUUUUUUAUUUUCUUUUUUUUUUACGAAAUUUUACAUUUUUUUCUAUAUAGAAUUAUUGCAUAUUAUUAUUAUGAUUAUUAUUAUUAUUACAAUUAUUAUUAUUAUUAUUAUUAUUAUUAUUAUUAUUAUUAUUAAUAUUUAAUAUUAUUACUCGUACCGCGUGGGUUAAAAAUCACUUUAGUUACAUAUUAGGAGUGUUUUGGCGAUAUUGUUCACUACAAUAAUUAUUUGAUAACUGAAUGCACUUUUCAACAACCAGGUUGCCGGAAUUAGCAAAUAAUUAAAAACUCUGUUUACUGUUUAUCCAUUGAUAAAAAUACGUACGGUAGACAAGACUUUUUAACGAUAUUAUAACCAAGUGACAAACUACCAACAGACAAUGUAGCAAACUGUUUACCGAAAACUACAUAACCAAAACACUCCUAUUAUUAUUAUUAUUAUUAUUAUUAUUAUUAUUAUGAUAAAAUAGCUGCGGUUCGUUUCUUUUAUCAGUUUUAUCAUUAUUAUUAUUAUUAUUAUUAUUAUUAGAUGAUAACAUAUUAUAAUAUUUAUAAUAUUAUUAUUAUGUUUUUGUCUCGGUAAAAUUUCUUCUAAAUGUGUUAUUGCCACUAAGAAAAAAAACAAAUUAUUUGAGGUGGUCAAAUAGUUUAAAAUGAUUAUGGAUUGUUUAAUCGAAUUUCAAACAUUUUUUUUUUUUUUUUAUGACUUCAUAAUAUUUAUGAUGUUUUUGUUGACGUUUGUUUUUAUACAUUUUAAAGUCUAGUCAUUACGCAUUUAAGUUGAUUAAAAUAUUAAUAUGAUUAGGAAGUACAAUUUCUUGCUUUUUAGUUUUUCAUUUACACUAUCAAUAAACUGCGAAUUAUGUACACGCAAAAUGGUCAGGCUGGGCAAGUUGAUGAAUAAUAAUAUUGACUCAGUUAAAUUUAGUUAGUUGAAAACAAGUAACAAAUUAAUUGCUUUAUUAAUUAAUUAAAGUUAAAAGUUAAUUUGAAAAAUUGAAUUUACUUAUUAUCUUAAGUUAAGAUAAUUUUUUUUUUUUUGUAAUAUCUUUUUGUUAAUAGUAUAAAUUAUUAAGCCUUUAGUUUCCAUAGGGUACACUACAUACACGCCGUAAACUCUCAAAUAUUAGAAAAAAAAAUCUGCCAUGAUAUUAUCAUAAUCUGAUCAUACUUCUUAUGUCACUAAAACUGAUACAGUAGUACAAAUUUUAUCUAUGUCAGUAAUUUGUAUAACUAAAAAUGUCAUAAAAUAAUUCUUUUUUAAAAAGUCAAAUGUUAUAUUUGAAUAGUUUUAAUUUAUUUUUUAUAUAAUUAUUUACCUAUAAACAGUAUAAUCCAUAAAAAGAUAUAAUAUUGGGUGUUGAGUGUGCUCUCCAGAAAAAUAAAUAGGAUCAACAUUAACUAUAGUUCGUAAUUUUUGUUUUUAUUUAUGAAUGAUAAAUAUUAAACAGGUGGUUUAUUCCGAAAAUAAUAAAUUAUACACUUAUUUUCAGCUUGGAACUCCACAAAUUGACAUGUAGUAUACCUAUUUUAAUCUAUAUACAGGUUGUGAAUUGAAAAAUGUAUUAAAAUAAAAACAAAUUAUUAAUAUUAACAACAUUAAUUAAUUAAUUAAUUUAAAAAAAAAAUAAUAGUUAAGUUAAUAAAAAAAAUCAAAGGUUAAUAGUUAAUAUUUACUUUUUAAUUCGUUAAUAAGCCCAGCCUUUUCCAUAUUUCUUUAAAUCAACGACAUUUUAAUCAUAAUUUUGUACAUAUUUUUUAUCAAGUUUAACAGUAUGAUUUUUUCUUUUUUACUUUUUAAAAUAUUAUUGUUACCUGUUAAGCGAUUAAGGCGACUUUAUUGACUUUUUGAAAUUGCUCAUUAUUUUUUUUUUUUUUGAAACGGUCACAUGCGUACAACUUACUUUAUACAGGGAUAUAAAAGUUAUAUAAUUAAUGUAUUAUUAUUAUUAUUAUUAUUAUUAUUAUUAUUAUUGUUGAUUUAGGUAUAUAAAAUACUUACGUUGCUCCUGUCUGUACAAAGCCGUAUUAUUAUUAUAUCAUUAAGUGCCUUAUUUUUAUAUUAUAUUUACCUUAAGUUUAUG